GUGGUUUUGAUCGGUGAGUCUGGAGUGGGCAAAACCAACCUCCUCUCCCGCUUCACCCGCAACGAGUUCAACCAUGACAGCCGCACCACCAUCGGGGUGGAGUUCUCUACGCGCACUCUGACGCUGGAUGGGCAAUUGGUGAAGGCGCAGAUCUGGGACACGGCCGGACUGGAGCGCUAUCGAGCAAUCACAUCCGCUUACUACAGGGGUGCCGUCGGAGCACUUUUGGUGUACGACAUCACCAAGCACCAGUCCUACGACAGCAUAGAGCGCUGGUUGAAGGAGCUGUAUGACCAUGCAGAUGCCAGUAUCAUUGUCAUGUUGGUGGGCAACAAGAACGACCUGGCAGAUGAAGCUCGCGAAGUGCCCUCCGAGGAAGCCAAGAUGUAUGCAGACAGCAAUGGACUGUUGUUCAUAGAGACCUCUGCGCUUGAUUCAACCAAUGUGGAACUGGCUUUCGAAACAAUCCUUAGAGGUGAGGGCAGUCAAUGUGCUCCAGUCUAUGACUUUGUCUAG